UGCGCAUGCUCGCGGCUCACGCGGGAAGGAGCCCCCGGCCCGACGGGAAGAGGAGCGGUUGUCGUUCUUUGGGGCGGCGGGGUCGGGCGCGGAUCAUGCUGUCCUUCCUGGCCAGGGUCACCGUCGGGCCGCUCCGCUCGCUGGGCCGCUCGCCCUUGUGCUCGCUGGCGCCACGGUGGCGGAUGGCGGCCAUCCCCGUGCCGCUGUGCAGUGGGGAGACCGCCCGCAGGCGGGUACUGCUGGCCGGCCCGCCGCUGCCUGGGCUGCUGCAGCUCUGUGCGGGGCUGAAGACUAAAACGUCGAUAAAAAGGCGCUGCAAGGACUGCUAUAUUGUUCGCCGCCGGGGCCGGCUGUACGUCUGCUGCAAGACCAAUCCCCGGCACAAGCAACGGAAGCUGUAGCCCCGUGUGUGCGGCGCUCUUGAGUGGCUGGGAGUGUGUCCCAAAAGGGAGGAAAGUAAUAAACGUGGUGCUUGCGUGCAAGGCCUUGAAUUGUAUGUACGUCCGUGUGGCCGGGAUCGCUCCCUCUUCCCUGGUUGUCCCAGCUGGCUGCUGGGGACAAAUCAGAAAGUGAUGGUGUUGGAUCUUGGCUCUAAAAGCGAAGUAACCGAAAUUUGUAGUGUAGCAGUCACUGUACUGACCCUGUUUCAAACUGCGUAUGCUGAGAAAUAACGUGGAAAGACACAACUCCGGACUUCUUAAUUUCUUAGCCUCAAAGUCUCUCUUACUAUCAGCUUACUUUUAAGUUAGUAAGAGUGAAGUGAAAUCCUCUGACUCAGAAAUAUAUUUGUGCUUCAUACCAAACAAAACAAAAAUAAAUAUGGUUGAUAGUGCCUUAUUACAACACACUAUAAUUCUUCCAUUAAGAAAACCUUAAUGUUGAAAACUGGUUACAGAACCAACAGUAUGAAAUGUAGUUGGGCUCUGUAGUGGGAAAAAAAAUGUGUUAUACUGAAAGUUGAUGUUUCAACUUUUGAUUUAUAGUGGGCUGCUCCUCCUGCUUCAUUAUGUUGGCCCACAGUGUGAGAGGUGGAUGUUGGUGGUAUGGCAGUAGAAAUAAAACCUUCCCACUAGUAUUCCGCUGCAUUGAAAAAGUGUUUUCAUGUCUUUUACUUCACUGUUGCCACUGCUGAAACCUUAAUAAAUGCAUAUUUCUACAUCAUA